GAUUUUCUAUUGACGGCCCUCUCCGUAAGAUUUCGUGCAACGCAAAUACUCAGCCGUUUCCCAACUUUAACGUAGCCACCAUAGUGCCCAAGUCAUUUUGAUAAAAUUUUAUGAGUUUUACAUGAAGAUGAAGCUCUAAUUACAUCACUCGCAUCCAUAAACCCUUUAAUUCUCCAUUCACAAGUCAUUCGCCUUGAACUUGGUAACAGCAGCAAGCGCGCCCAUAAUACACUGAUUAAUGGCUAACAAAUAAUAGAUUGAAAACGUAGUAAAAAAAUAGAAAAAUAGAAAAAUAAAAUUGAAGGAACAAAGUAAUAAACCGUAGACUUGACCAAGAACUUCCAACAAAAACUCAAAGCUUGGAUAAAACAAUGCUGAAAAUGAAAUGUAGCGCAAUUAGCAGUGCACACAUCCAUGUAUGUAUACAUACGAUUAAACACAUACAUUUUAUUACAUAUGUAUGUAUGUAUAAGAAAUUAAUGUGUACAAUGUACGCAACUAUCAAAUCCGGCGCGACAUGUUCGCGGCUUCCGUUCAACUGCUUGCCAAGCGCAAAAAGCAACCGAUCGAACUUCAAAGAGCAACAACGAGCAGCGAGCAUGUUUGAGCGCACAUUUUGGUUGGUGCAAUUCAAUCGAACCUUUUUCAAAUUUCCUCCACAUCAGCUUCAAUCUGGUAAACUUGAAACUACAAACUUAGUUUAGUGCAGCGAACAGUUUAAGCCGGAACUUUGACGAGUUAACAACAAUGAGCGGUUAAAAGUGUGUUUUUUACAAUUUCACAAAGUGUUGUGUUCAAAUAACAACAACAAUGAUAUGUGGAAAUGAAAAUAAAUUAAUUAUAAACUAUUUGUGGUGAAUGCGACAGAGCACCGGCUGUAGUUAUACAGUAUUUAAAAAAAAAAUUAUAUUAAAAUUAAAACAAAUGCAAAAGAAGUAAGAGAGUGGAAAAAAUGAAGUAAUUUGAUAUAAAAACGAAAAGUUAAAGGUUUCUACAUGUCAUAGUUGCCGAUGGCACUCUAGCUUUGAAUUUUGUGGUGCAGUGCUUUGUCAUAUCAUUUUGUGCCCCACACAACCCACAAGAAACCGUCUCAUUGUGUUUUAUAUAUUGAAAUUAUUCAAAUCUCAAGACAAACGUAUUAUUUGUUUAUUGUAUAUUAAAUGAUAAACCAAAUUUCUACGCAUACGACACUAAAUCAGCAAAUUCGAACACGAACCCGAUAGAGAUAAACGCGCGAAUUCCAUAAGCCCGCGUAUAUGUGGCGCCGCGCAGGCGCAUACCAAAUUCGAUGUGUGUAAUUGUUGUUCAAUAAAAUUAAUAAUUACUAGACUGUGUAUUCAAGAAGAAGAAAAAGAAAAACAUCACGAAAAUAUACAAGCAAAAAUGCAAUAAUUGUGGAUUAUUAAAGUUUUCAACAAAUGCAGUGCAAUAAAUUGACGUGAAAGAAUGCUGCUCAAUAAAAUGCAACGCAAACCAUCUAGCGAAACACUCGCCAGUCUAGCGUUUGACAGCACGCUAGACUCACGCAUGUCCAGUGCGGAAAUACCGCAAAUGGAACUGCUCCCGGUGAACUAUGUGCAUCAAUGCAAGGAAGUACGCAUGCCGCGACCGACUACAACAACGCAGCAGCACAGGCAGUCCUUCAUGGCAGUUGGCAUGAAAUAUCCAAGCUACAAGCAAACUGUAACGGCAAGCAGCCACAGUCAGCUUGCUGGUGCCAAAUUGAGCGCAGCCAAUGCAAAUAAAGUGCAAGCUGGCGCGGCCGCUGCCAAUUCACAACGCCCCACAGCAUCUAAAGGCAAGACACAACGCGCACAGCAGCCACUACCGCCACCCACAAUUGAAUCGUGGAAAUUUCUGCAACAUCAAAUGCCACAAAUGAAGCCGCAACAGCAGCCAGCGUCCGCUGCCGCAACACACAAAUAUCGAGCACCGCUCGCGCGCGCACAAUCCGCCUCGGCCAUUGCCACUGCUAGUGCUACUACUGCUACCGCUAAUGACGCGGACUCCGAUGAUCAAGAUUAUGCAGAAGUUCAAUCGUGCUGCAACUCCUCCUGUAAUUCUGCUACACAAUCGUCUGCCUCAUCGGAUGACGAUGAUGAUGCGUCCACUGUCCAUUAUCCAGAUUGUGAGAAGUCCCACAGUUGGAAUUAUCGUGCGCGCAUCUCAACCUGCGAUGUACGACGCGAUAUAGCGCGUGCAGGUGUUAAAUCCCGCGCCGAUCGCAUAGCGCGCAUUGAACAAACUGAUUGUGAUCAUCAGUUACAGCAUAAUGCAGCAAGUAGCGUGACUGGCGAUAGUAAACGUGCAUCACUACCCGCAAUGUUAGCAGGUGAUGAUGCGCGUAAGCCAGAGGUGGUUUCGCAAAUUAAUCGAUUAUUCGAGCACGCCAAGCGCCCCGAGCAGAGGCGCUCCACAAAACAACAUCGCGCGCCAGCACCGCCCGCGACAAUACAAAGCGCCGCUUCUGCAUUAAUACAGCCGCCUUCACAACCACUACGCCCUGCAUCAACACCGAUAAAAAAAGAGCCUAACAUGCGAAUGCACCCGCGCGAAAUGCUGCCCUGCAUUGAAGAGCGCUCGAAACGUUGUAGCAAUUCAAGCGCGCCUGGUGAUUGUUAUGAUUGUGUACGGGAAAGCAAUACCAAUUCGAGCGAAGGUCAAAACUCACGCUGUACUAUUGAUGAGGUGCGCUUAUCGCGUGGAUCACCUGAGCAACGACAGCAAGUAUCGCGCAUACCAAAGCCUGUCUGCGAGGCACAGCAACAACAGCGGCACUCGACCAGCUCGGCGCAGCCCUAUAAUGAAGCAAAUGAGCAAUUGCAGAGGCGAAUACGUCAAAUGUUCGACCAUGAAGAGGAGCGGAAACAGCAGCUUCACCGACAGGUAACUGCGGAGUUUCGUACGCACUGCGAAGGUGCGAAAAUCAAACUGCGCGCUACCAAAUCGACAGCUUUCGAGAAGUCGGAUAAGCCAAAGUGUAACAGUGAAACAAAACCAGACAGCUGUGAUGAGUUGGAUCAGCGCCUGCUGAAGCAAACGCGCCAGCCUGCGUCUGCUAGUUUUCAGAAGCAUAAAAUGGAGCGAAUACAUAUACGUAAGAAGCGACAACCGCUCCUCAUAAUUAAUCAACUCAAUGAGUCGAAGCCCGCAAACAAUAAUAAGGUGACGGAGGAAAAAGAAUCACUAAAUGAGAAUAAAUGCAACGCCGCCCAUAAGCUGGGGAAAGAAUCUACGCAUAAAUCGGCGCUAGACGCCAAUCGACGUACCUGUGGCUACAAGAAUUGCAAAUACGCUAACUGUCCUAUGUCGGCGGCGAGUAAUGCAGGCAGCAGUAGCGCCAGCACACCGCAACAGUCUGAUGAGGAAAUGAAGGCGCGCAAGCGUCUAUCACUCGAGAGCUGCUGCUCGGACUCAGGUGUAUCGUCCUCCACAGAUCUCAAGGAGCGCCAUACUAAGGAAAAUAAUAUGAAGAAUCUCGAGAAGUGUGCGGACUGUGUGAAAAUUUUGCUCAACCAAGCAAGUGUGAAGCCAACCGUAAUGCAACAAAGUUUUAAGCUAUCCGCGAAUGCUGCGGCACCCAAGCUAAAGGAGUUGGAUAUUGAUGUGGUUAAAGAGGGACAAAUUAAAAUUCACGUUGGAAAAGCGUCAGGUGGAGAUCCAAACGAUGUGCAAAAUUUUGCUAAAAAAAGUCUCACUAAGGCCACAACGGAUGAAUUACUGACGGCGGCUGCGGCAAAAAACAACACAAGCAAUAAAUUAGGCGCAGUUGAUAAGUUGUCUAACCGGACGGGCGCCGCCAGCGCCUGCAAUGCUGCCAACCAAACCAAACAGUGCAAUAUCGAAAAUGACCUCAAAAAUAACGAACAACGCAUUUACAAUAACACAAAUAGCAACAACAGCUACAAAAAGAAAAAUUGCAGCAACGAACACAAACCGUUAUGCGCUACCACAAUAAAAAUCGAUGAUGAUUGGGUACAAGAGCAGAACGGCUGCGAUACCGACUCGCUGAUGGUGCCUCCACCGCCCCCGCUGCGUAUCUCAUCCAAGUUCGCAAAUGCGCGCCAAUAUUUCCACAACAAUAAAAAUAACAGUAACCAUAGUAAACACAGUCAUAGCCCUGGCGGCGACAGCGACAAGCACAGUGUGAAGAUUUUUGUGCGCAGCUCAACAUCCAGCGGUGGGGUGGAUGGAAAUACGACGCGUGCUUCAUCAAUUUCCAUGUGCUCCCACACUUCGCAAACCUCUGGUUGUUCAACAAACUCAGACGCCUCCGCACUAACAAACGCCAGCAAAACAUCCACAUCCGGCAGCUCCUACACAACCAUAUCGAGUAGCGCUUCGAGUAGCGGAUGCAAAUGUAGUUGUCGCCGAGGCAGACAGGACAGUACAGUACCGCAAAAAAAAGACGAUGAAAACGACGGCGGAUCAGUGGGCACGAAGAACUGCUGUAGCCUGGACCGCAUGACGAAAGCGGGAGUUUUCUACAAUUGUGCUGCAGACGCGGGAAGGUGUAGUCAAGGCACUAUAACCGAUACCCUACGCGCAUGUGCCUCUUCACCGACCCCUUCAGCGGAUAACUUCAGUGAGAUCAGCUGCAUCGCAUGUGGUGAAGAGGCGGAAAGUGAGCGUGACCAAAAGACGAGCAGUUACCAAGAAAGUGCUAACAACAGUGCCGAUGUCAGUGGUCCAGUUAAUGGCGUAUUUUGGAAUAACUCGUACUUCCAACAAGAUACUGAACUGUUGAAAGAGAGCGUUGGCAAAGUGCAACACAAAAAGGGAAGCGAACUAUCAGCGCCAAAUAAAGCUGAUCAUUCCGAACCGAACAGCGACGACAACGAACAAUGUUGCUGCAGCUUAACCAGCUGCGAUGAUGAUAAUUGCUCAUAUUACGAAUAUGGUGGGAGCGCUGGUGAGCCGCAGACGGACGAUGAUCACUGCGUCUCGCGCAUUGAAGUGCAUGCAAGCGUACAUACGCCAAGUAACUGUGAUGGUAGCAACAGUUGUUAUGGCAACGAUGAAGGGAGCAGCAGUGGCAGCAGCUAUAAACUGGCCGGUAACGGUAAAAGUGGCGAUUGCCUGCGCGCUUGCGAAUGUGACAAACCGCUUUGCUGUACUGCAAACACAAACUCAAACGACAAAUGCACGAUCGAAGCGGAACGUCAGCGCGUACGAGAACGUGAACGUUGCACCGUGCGCCAACAGCAGCAGCAAGAACAGCAAUGGUUGCGACAACGCAUGCGCGAACGAGAGCGGCAAAUGCAGUUCAUAAGAAACAGUAGCGCCGAGGAGGUCUUGAUACGUAAUAAACAUUUAUUGAGAAAGGCUGAUCUUAUACAUGAAUUGCGACCCAGAUCCAUGGAUGGUGUCAUUGACUCAUCAUCUGGGUCAUUAAAUGGUGACACGACCAGCUCAAGUCCAGAUAGUGGAAGUCAUCUACAAAAUCAGCAGGAUGCCGAGGCGCGACGUAUACAUCGAGGGCACAUACUCACCGAACUACUGGAGACAGAACGGAUUUACGUAAAUGAAAUGGCCUCUAUUUUAAAGGGCUAUCGUGAUCAAAUGCUAUCUGAAGAAAUGAUGCAUCUUGUACCCGCCAGCCUGCAGGGCAAAGAGGACAUUUUGUUCGGCAACUUACAUGAAUUGUAUACAUUUCACAACGAGAUCUUUUUGAAGGAUCUAGAAAACUGUAUAUCUACAACGGAGCUGGUGGCGCUGUGUUUCGUGCAAAGGCGCGACACUUUCUAUCGUUUGUACUCCUUCUACUGCCAAAACAUACCACGCUCCGAUAGGUUGCGUGAAACGCUCGUCGACACACAUCUCUUUCUGCAAGAAUGUCAAAAGCGUUUGGGUCACAAACUGCCGUUGGGCGCCUAUCUGCUGAAACCAGUACAGCGUAUCACCAAGUACAAAUUACUGCUCGAAAACCUACUGGGCUCCAGCGAUAGUGGCAGCUGUACCAAAGAAUUACAAAAAGCUUUAGAUUGCAUGCUAAUCGUUUUGCGUUGUGUGAACGAUUCAAUGCAUCAGGUGGCUAUAACGGGAUUUCCGAGCAACCUUUCGCAACAGGGCGAACUGCUGCUACAGGAUCCCUUCCAAGUGUGGACGGAGUCCAAGAAAGAUUUACGAUUACGCAAAAAACCACAACAGCGACAUAUAUUUCUCUACCAAAAAUCGAUGAUAUUCUGUAAAAAGACUUCGAAACCAGGUCACAACAAAAGCACUUAUCAGUUUAAGCAUCAACUUAAGAUGUCACAAAUUGGUCUAACUGAAUCGGUGCGCGGCGAUUUGACACGUUUCGAAGUCUGGCUACAGGGACGCCAAGAAGUGCACACAUUGCAGGCUCUCACCGAUGAGGUAAAGAAUAAAUGGGUGACGGAAAUCAAGCGUCUGUUACUCAAUCAAUUGGAAGAAUUGAAGGGUGAAAAGAUAAAACAGUAUGGCAUGAAUCAUCACGGCUUGCGACAGACCACCUCAUGGGAUACGCCCAAUAUUUUGUUGGGUAUGCCACAACGCGCUGUGAGCUGUGAUGCAUCAUCCGAAUCAUCGAAUCGCAAUUCGAACUGCAGUAGCAGCGGUGAUGAUGCCUACCCUCACGGCAUGCCGCCAUUGUCCGCAGUGACAGGCAAUGGCCACGCCCAUGGACAUGGUAAUGGUGGUGGUGGUGCUGGUGCGGAUAAGGAGCAGCAAGAGGCAUGCGGUUGGAGUUCAGAUUACUCGAAUAGUGAGGAUGAAAUGUCGAUAAUCGAAGACAACAGUGCGCCGGGCAGUAAAUUUGUUGCCCUUGCCGAUUAUGCGGCGAUGGGACAUUCGGAAGUAUCGAUGCGUGAAAGUGAUACAGUUGAAUUGUUGAAGGUGGGCUGUGCUGGCUGGUGGUUUGUGCGAGUUUUAGAAGCCAAUGCAGAGGGUUGGACACCAGCGGCAUAUUUGGAACCGCUCAAUAGAAAAUCUUCUCGAAGUUCGAGCCGCAAUCAGGAGCGAAUAAAUUUGAGCAAAUAUACAGAGUAAGCGCGAGAACAAUCGAGUGAUGCAGCGAAGAAGUAAGAGGCGAAGGUGGAGAGAAGCAAGUGGGCCUUUUGUAAAUUCACAGAAUCUUAAAUUGUCACCAUCAAUCAAUAUUUAUAUGUAGAUAUUUGCGCAUAAAGAGCAGUGAAGUGAUGAAACCGAAGUGAAUAAAAAAUAAGAACCAAAAAUUGAGUAAAAACGUCAGCAGUAAUUGUGUCGCAAAAGAUGUACAUAAAUGCCGGUUGCAAAUACAGCGCAUCACAUCAAAAAUGCCACAGAAGAUGUGAAUAAUACGCGUCCGCUGAUGUAUGUCUGUAGUUCUAUGGCAUCGCAUUGACUCUUUGUGGCGAAGUCGUUUAUCAAACUGUGUUAUGUCAUAAAAACUUUAAAAAUAUUUACUAUUAAAGCUCAUACAUGCAUACAUACAUAUUAGUAUGAUAUUUAACAUUUAUUAAAUGAACCCCGUACAGGAAUUCGAUUGAUAUUAAAAAUAAAGAAAGAAAAUAUGGAAUCCACUUUACAUACAAAUUUCACUAUUGAAAAAUUUUUUGAGACUAGCAACUAUUGCAUACAUACAUACAUACCUACGUGCAUACACACAUACAUAUAUUUAAAACUGUAAAAGUAAAAAAUGGAAAUAUAUACAUACAAAUGUGAAAUAUCUAGAAAAAAAUGCAAAUGCCUAUAAAAAUUUAUAUUCCAACAAUAUUAAGCUUAAUUGCACCAAUAAAGAAAAUAUGAGAAAAUUUAGCACUGACAAACCUAAAAUCUUAAGAGUCAGCUUGGCAGUGCUAAUUUAACUGUGUUGAAUUUCUAAGCGCCUAAGACCUGACCCUGCAAAAAUGGGCAUUUACGUUUUGCUGGAAAGGAAGGUUAAACUUACGCUGCAAAUUGGCCCUAACUAUAUAUAUUUCAUUAACACCAAUUGCCUUUUUUUAAUUUUUUAAUUUUCGAUAGCUAUUUGUAAAAAAAACUUGCUACUGAACAACAGAAUGAUAUAAAUUUUAUAAUAAAUGCGUAUAUCAAUAGGUAUCAUAUAUACGUAUAAAGUGGCACAAAAUUAAUCAUCAAAUUUUUUUUCUAAAUCUCUUCUACUAAAACUAAAAAAAUGUAUUAUUGAGCCAUGGAAAUUUUUAAUUUGACCUUUAUGCGCUCCAUUGCUUACCACAGCUGUCUAAUUCAUAAUUCGUCCCCUUUCUGUGUUAACCUCGUAUCUACAAAAUCAUAAUUUUCAGUAAAUCGAUAAAAAUGUUUAGAGUUACUUAUCUUCUAUGAAAAGUUAUAAUUUAUUUGAUACGAUACUUAUAGUUGAUACGAGGUUUUUGAAUUCGAACAUGUAGAUACGAGAAAAAUCUAAACGUUCUGAAAAAAAUUCUAUAAUCAUUAUGAACAUUGUAGGUUUCGUUUUACGUAACAGGAGUACUAAGGAGUGUUUUUCACUAAAAAUCUCAAUUUCGAAAAAAAUUAAGUUACGAGGGACACAACACAGAAAGGGGAUGAAUUGUCAAAUAUGAUUGAGGUACGACACCAGUUGCAAGAAUUAUAAAUCUUCCGAUAGGGUGAUUAAUUUUACACCACCUUGUAAUUUGUAUGCUAUGUUUUGAUUUAUUGUAUGCACUGAAUCCACAUAAUUCUCACGAGUUCUCUAUAUAUGUAAAUACAUACAUGUGUAUGUGCUUGAGUAUAUAAAUAUGUAUAUGGAUAUAAGCCGAAGUAGGCGCAGAAAUUCAUUGUUAGUUCGUGUGGAGCUUUAUUACUGUCCUAUAUUUUUUUUAAGAUUAUAUCACUAAAAUAAUCAAAUUUGAAUAAAAGGAAAACUAAAAAUAAAAUAUGCCAAAAUAUUUAUAAAACAAUAAUAGCAACAAAUUAUGGCAAAUAACGUGCUUGAUUUGCUUUGUUUUUUUAUUUUUUUGAAAACUCAAGAAAUUUUGCAUUAAAGGAUUUACCACAAACAAGUAGUUACUUAAUUCAAAGUUACACUAAACAAAAAUAUUUUAAUAACUUCAUUGCAGUGGAGAUAUUUAUACUCACGAAUUAAUUUGAUUUCAGCACUAAAAUAAUAAACAAAAAAAUAUUGAAUUGUAAUUAAAAUUAUAUUUAUCAAAGUAUAUUAAUGGGUUAAUAUUUUUGUACAAUAGUAAAAAAAAAUUAUAUACUAAAAAAAAUUAAAUCAAUUAUCAUUUGUAAAUAAUGCUACAUCUAUAUAAAUUUAUAUAUUCUUAGGCAUAUUAGCUUAAAAUUAUGUACUUAUAAUUGGCACACAAAAGCAAUAUCCAUCAUACAUAGCUACAUACAUAUGCAUAUAAAUGUGAUUACAUACAUACCUACACAUGCAUAUUGUAUUUAUUAAGUUGAUAAUUUAUUUAUUUAUAAGUAGUAAAUAAAUAAACGAAAAUUAGUGCUGGUAUAAAUAUUUAUGAAGUGAAAAAAAGUCGAAAAUGUGGGCGUAAGUGUGUACGAAUAAUGCAUAUGUACAUGCAUACACACACACACAAUUUCUUGUACAAUAUUAUUUCGAGGAAAAUUAUCGAAUUAAGUAUGCAAAAUACCUGCUUAAAUAUAAAUAUUUCUAGAGAUAUUAUUAUCGAUUAAAUACAUACAAAAUAUCAAAAUCAAAAAGCGUCUAAAAUAAUAAAAUAAAAUGUUCGAAGAGAAAUCUAACGAA